CUUGAAAUUUGUGUGCUAAAUUGGAAACAGAUUUUCUGUAUUCCAAAUUAUAUUUACAGUUUAAAAUAAUAAGGCUGUUCUCGAUUGACAGUAAACACGGUCAGAAUUAGCGGAGCAUCGUUUUGUUCAACAAGCAGGAUCAGAGCUAUUUUGGUGACAGUGAGGCUCCCCCGGCACACAGUGUCCCGUCUCAUGUGACCCACGCCUGUGAUUGUCACAUGACCGCUGGGCUGCACACUGGCAGAAGAUGGCUGCGUUUCUGCAGUGGAGGCGGUUCGUGUUCUUCGAUAAGGAGACGGUGAAGGAUCCCGGUGAUGCCGGGAAAGGCUUUACCCUCCCGGCCGGGAUCUCGGCAUGCGACUCCGGUCGGGGGCACAUCGUACUGGGAGAUAUGGAGGGUCAGAUUUGGUUCCUGACGCGCUCCAUGCAGCCCACCCCCUUCCAGGCUUACAAGCUGCGUGUCACCCACCUGUUCCAGCUGAAGCAGCACAGCAUUCUGGUGUCAGUGGGGCAGGACGAGCAGGGCAUCAACCCGCUGGUGAAGGUGUGGAAUCUGGACAAGCGGGACAGCGGGAAUCCUCUCUGCACCCGGAUCUUCCCAGCUAUUCCCGGGAACAAGCCCACAGAGGUGUCCUGCCUCAGCGUGCACGAGAACCUCAACUUCAUGGCCAUCGGUUUUACCGAUGGCAGUGUGGUGCUGACUAAAGGAGACAUCACCAGAGACCGGCACAGCAAAACACUGACGCUGCACGAGGGCACCAGCCCAAUCACGGGGCUCGCUUUCCGACAGUCUGGCAAAACCACAAACCUGUUUGUCGCCACCCUGGAGAAAGUGCUGUGCUACACUCUCUCCCUGAAGGAGUACCCUCAUGUGGAGCUGGACACUCACGGCUGUGCCCUGCGCUGCACAGCUCUGACCGACCCGUCUCAGGACUCCCAGUUCAUCGUGGCCGGGGACGAGUGUGUCUACCUGUACCAGCCCGACGAGCGCGGACCCUGCUUUGGGUUCGAGGGGCAGAAGCUGCUGGUGCACUGGUACCGCGGCUACCUGCUGCUGCUCACCCGUGACUGCAAGACACCCAACAACAGGGAGGCCUCUCCCUCAGAGAAGCAGCUCCUCACUGUCUAUGACCUGGACAACAAGUUCAUCGCCUACAGCGCGGCCUUCGAUGACGUCAUCGACGUGCUGGCGGAGUGGGGCUCGAUCUACAUCCUGACGCAGGACCGUAGGCUGUGCGUACUGCAGGAGAAGGACACGCAGACCAAACUGGAGAUGCUUUUUAAGAAGAACCUGUUUGUGAUGGCCAUUAACCUGGCAAAGAACCAGCACCUGGACAGCGACGGCCUGUCUGAGAUCUUCCGGCAGUAUGGAGACCACCUGUACGUGAAGGGGGACCAUGAUGGAGCCAUACAGCAGUACAUUCGCACCAUCGGGAAGCUGGAGCCCUCCUAUGUGAUCCGGAAGUUCCUGGACGCACAGCGGAUCCACAACCUCACUGCGUACCUGCAGGCUCUACACAGGCAGUCCCUGGCCAACGCCGACCACACCACCCUGCUGCUGAACUGCUACACCAAGCUGAAGGACAGCUCCAAGCUGGAGGAGUUCAUCAAGACGAGUGAGAGCGAGGUGCACUUUGACGUGGAGAUAGCCAUCAAGGUGCUGCGGCAGGCGGGGUAUUACAGCCACGCCGUCUUCCUGGCAGAGAAACACACCCACCACGAGUGGUACCUGAAGAUCCAGCUGGAAGACCUCAAGAACUACCAGGAGGCGCUGCGCUACAUCGGGAGGCUGCCCUUCGAGCAGGCGGAGAGCAACAUGAAGCGCUACGGCAAGACGCUGAUGCACCACGUGCCAGAGGAGACCACACAGCUGCUCAAGGGACUCUGCACAGACUACCGACCCAGCAGAGAGACCCCAGCAGACAGGGAGAGCCUGGGCCACCCCCUGGGGAACAAGGCGAACUCGGAGGAGUUCAUCGCGAUCUUUGUGAACAACCCCCGGGAGCUGCGUGCGUUCCUGGAGCACAUGAUGGAGGUGGAGGCACAGUGUCCCCAGGGUGUGUACGACACCCUGCUGGAGCUGAGGCUGCAGGACUGGGCCCACGAGCAGGACACACAGGAGAAGAAUUCUCUACAGGAGGCUGUCUUGUCCCUGCUCAAGAGUGAGAACUACAGCACAGUGUUUGACAAGGCGCUGGUGCUGUGCCAGAUGCACAAUUUCAAAGAAGGGGUCCUGUACCUGUAUGAGCAAGGCCAGCUGUACCAGCAGAUCAUGCACUACUACAUGCAGAACGAGGAGUACGGGAAGGUGGUGGAGGCGUGCCAGCGCUACGGGGAGAAGGAGGCCUGCCUGUGGGAGCAGGCGCUGGGGUACUUCGCCCGCAAAGAGGAGGACUGCAAGGAGUACAUCACCGCCGUGCUGCAGCACAUCGACCGCAACAACCUCAUGCCCCCCCUGCUGGUGGUGCAGACGCUGGCUCACAACUCGACGGCCACUCUGUCUGUGAUCAAGGACUACCUGAUCAACAAGCUGCAGCAGGAGAGCGAGCAGAUCUCGGAGGACGAGCGCAAGAUCAGGGAAUACCGCGAGGAGACGACCCAGCUCCGGCAGGAGAUCGAGGAGCUGCGCAGCAGCGCCAAGAUCUUCCAGAAGACCAAGUGCAGCAUGUGUAACAGCCCCCUGGAGCUGCCGUCCGUGCACUUCCUGUGCAGCCACUCGUUCCACCAGCACUGCUUCGAGAGCUACGCCGAGAGCGAGGCCGAGUGCCCUGCCUGCGCCCCCGGCAACCGCAAGGUGAUGGAAAUGCUGCGGGCGCAGGACCAGAAACGAGACCUGCACGAGCACUUCCACAGACAGCUCAAGUGUUCGAAUGACGGGUUCUCGGUGGUGGCUGACUAUUUCGGCCGGGGGGUCUUUAACAAGCUGACCCUGAUCACGGACCCCCCGGGGGGGAAGGCGGGGGCUGCGAGUCUGGACUCCAACCUGCAGAGAGACCUGCUUAUCCACACCAAGAGGACCGUGUAAGAGAGUCUGAGGGGGAGAACUCCUGGGGAAGACACUGAAAGAGAACUGCUGGAAAAAAAAUAACCUGCUUAACUCCUGGGGGGGAGACAACAGCCUGUAAAGAACGUGUUAGGGGUCUGCAAGCAGACGUAUUGAGGGCUGGAUCUGGAAGAAAACUACUUUUAAAUAGAUCUGUAUCCUCCUUCGAGGGGGGGCUAGCUUGUAAUACAGCUAUUCUCUCUCCUGCAUCAGCACAGUGUCCCCUGACAGUGAGUUUGCAUGCACAUGAGGCAGCUGUGUGUGUCUUCUGUACAGGGACACAGUGUGUAUGGUGUAACAGAACAAGCGCUGCUGUCCUGAGUUGUACUAAAAUCACAGUGCAGAGAAGCACCCCGGUUCUCUUAAAUCCUGCAAGGAUUUGCUUCCAGGAUGCAUUUUGUCUCAUUCUCCAUAACAAUGUUCAAGCUAUUUAAAAAAAUGUGCAAUGUAUAUAUAAAAAGCAAAAAAAAUCAAAUAAAAACUACUACAUUAUCAUCAAAGGCCUAAGAUAAAGAAUUGAAAGCA